AUGCGCAUCUUCAAAGCCAAACAUGUGGCUCCAACAGGGCUUGUCUCAAAUGUGAGCGCAGGAUCAGAAUCCGCAGCUUCGAACGACGUCGAGAAAGAUGGCAGCACGGAGCUCAAAGAGCAGACGGCAACCAGCGUGCGAAUAGACCCUGCACUGGAGAAGAGGGUUGUCCGCAAAAUUGAUCUUCGUGUGACUCCACUGGUUACUUUCUUGUUUUUACUUUCGUUUCUCGAUCGAUCAAAUAUCGGCAAUGCACGUAUUGCUGGUAUGGAAGAAGACCUCGAUCUGACCGGCGAUCGAUAUGACUGGCUGUUGACGAUAUUCUACAUAUCAUAUAUUUUGUUCCAAUUUCAAGGGUUUAUGUGGAAGAUAAUAAAACCGCAUACUUGGGCUUGCCUUAUCACUCUUGCUUGGGGGAUUGUUGCAACCUGUCAAGCGGCCACCCAAUCAUGGGGCGGAGAAAUGGCCUUGCGAUUCCUGCUCGGUGCCACUGAGGCGGGCUUCGGACCGAGCAUUCCUUACCUGCUCAGUUUCUUUUAUCUUAGACAUGAACAUGGUUUUCGGAGCGGGAUAUUCCUCGCAGCUGCUCCUCUGGCCAAUACGUUUGCUGGAACUCUCGCAUAUGGAAUUACGAGUGGCCAUCCCCAGAUCGCGAAAUGGAGAUUGCUUUUUCUUGUAGAGGGUAUUCCGACCAUCCUCGCCGCUCCUAUAGCAUGGUUCUUCCUUCCUGAUAACCCGACAAGCGCCAGGUUCUUGACCGAGGAAGAAAAGGAGGUUGCCAGGGCCAGAGUCAUCAGGCAGCAUGGUCAUCAAGAGGAAGGAAGACAUCGCGUCAGUCUGAAGGAGAUUGGCCAGACACUCAUUGAUGCCAAAGCAUGGUUUACAGCGUUGAUGUACUUUUCUUGCAAUGUGUCCUACUCAUCGUUACCGGUCUUCUUGCCCACCAUUCUCAAUCAAAUGGGCUUCUCCUCCAUCAACGCUCAAGGGCUGUCAGCACCGCCAUAUUUCAUCUCCACCAUUGUUACCGUUUUGACAUGCUGGAUCGCGGACCGAACCCAACAACGAGGACUCAUCAUCGCCUUCCUGAGCUGCGUGGCCGGCGUCGGAUAUAUCCUGCUCGCAACGUGCACGGCGGUGGCCCCCAGGUACUUUGGGACGUUUCUGUGCGCAUCGGGGGUGUUCCCUGCUAUUGCUAACAUUCUGCCGUGGGUUGUCAAUAAUCAGGGAAGCGAUAGUCGUCGGGGGAUGGGAAUAGUCCUGCUCAACCUCGUCGGGCAGUGUGGGCCACUUCUCGGGACUAGGAUAUUUCCUAAAUCCCAGGGACCCCGCUACGUGGAAGGGCAGAGUAUCUGUGCGGCAUUUAUGUUCUUCAAUGCGUUGCUGGCCUUGUCGUUGAGGAUGCUUUUGGUGUGGGAGAACAAGAGAUUGGACGGGAAGUACGGAUCAACGAGCGACACGAACGUGGAAAUGCAGAGGGCGCCGGGCGGCGAGGCUGAUACAAAUGUGGGCGAAGAAAACUAUGGUCAGGCAUUCAGAUAUAUCCUCUAG